UUUUUUUCUAUUGAGUGUUUGUAAACAAAAAGAAAGAUAUUCUCUUUUUUGAAGUUCAUUAUUAAUUUUUAUAUGCAGUUUUUAAAUAUAUUAUUGCUGCGAAAUGUAUGUAGUAAUAUAAGCGAACUAUAUCUGAAAAAUGCAUCUGAAAAUAACCAAUUCUUAUUUAUUGCAUAAUUUAUGAGUUAAAAUAUUGUGGUACUUACAUGAAAUAGUUUUCUUUCCACCACCAUCAAGACGAUAAGUUGUAAAUUCAAUUUGAAUAAGAAAAAUAAAAUAUGUUUAGAUUCAAGUUAAAAUAUUACAAUCAUUUUGAAUGUUAAGAUUUUUCUUACAUUUGUAGGAUGAAAAUUGAAUGCGGAGGUUUGCUCUUUACGUCCGAUUUUGAUUCUGGUAAUUUAGAUAAGGUUGAGUAUAUAGAAAACAUUGAAGGAAAUAAACCUAAAUCACACGAAUUAAAUAGCGAUUCUUGUUUACCCCCAGUUUCUAAUUAUCGUUAUAUACGGCGAACUAAAAAUCGCCCUGAAACUCCCUGUACAUCUCCCGUGCAUUCAAAGAAAUAUCAAGUAAAAAAACGAACCUUGUACUCAAAACUGAAAAGCACUGUUUCUAAAGAGUCUCUAUCCGGAUUUAACACAUCUGUUAAAGAAUUUAAAGUGUGGACAAAGCCUGAUUGCAGUGGAACUCCUUAUCAAACAACAUUUAGAACAUGGUUUUAUUUUGGAGUUGCUGGUGGUGCCCCUGGCAUUGUAGUGAAGCUGAAUGUUAUGAAUUUAAAUCGCCAAGGAAAGUUAUAUUUUCAUGGAAUGAAACCAGUUUAUAAAGUUGUGCCCUCUAAGGAAGGUUGGAAACGAAUACCUGGAAAAGUUGAUUUUAAGUGUGCUUCUGAUGGUAACUUCACAAUCAGUUUUUGCCACACAUUACCUUCAGAACAUGAUUCUGUGACGUAUUUUGCUUUCACAUAUCCAUUUUCAUACUCUGAAUGCCAAAAUAUGCUCGAUGCCAUUGAUGUAAAAUUGGGUUCAUCAUUAUUUAUCACAAAAUCAAACCGCCCAGCAGAUAGCAAUAUUUAUUAUUGUAGAGAAUUGUUGUGCUAUUCCUCAGAAGGAAAUCGAAUAGAAUUGCUUACUGUUACCUCUUGUAAAGGUCUCACAAUGGAAAGGGAAAAGAAAUUGCCUGAUCUCUUCCCUGACAUAUCUAAACCUAGAUGUCAUGUGUUUCAAAAUAAAAAGGUUGUUUUCAUCAGUAGUAGAGUUCAUCCAGGAGAAACUCCUUCUAGUUUUGUUUUGAACGGUAUGCUUCACUAUUUGAUAAAUUCAAAGGAUAGUAUCGCAAACAGACUGAGAAAUCUAUUUGUCUUUAAAAUAAUCCCCAUGUUGAAUCCUGAUGGUGUGUUACAAGGACAUUAUCGUGCUGAUCUUCAGGGUUUGAAUCUGAAUCGUAUUUAUAUGGUUGCUAACUAUCAACAGCACCCUUCUAUUUAUGCUGCUCGCACAGUUCUUUUACAUUAUCACACUAUAUAUUCUUCUUCAGAUGAUUUGUUAAAUUCUCGCAAACCCUUCCCUCGAAAGACCAAAUCUAGCCAAUAUAAUAUUAAUCUUUCUUUAAGUCAAAUAAAUAAGAAUCCUGCCACCACAAGCACAAAAAAAUUUUCAAAAGAUUUGCUGAAUCAAAUGCAUAAGAAAUCAGUUGCACCUAAGCACUCUUUGCACACAUGUGAUACACUCAGCAAAAAUUUAAAUUUCUUAUCAUCUGUACCUGUUAUUUUACCAAUAUCUACUAAAGUGUGUAAUACUGUAAGCUCACAAGAAGCAAAGCAUUCUGGGAAAAUGCACCUACUCUCUCCCGUGCCUGUUGUGGAUGAAGAUAGCCUUGAUUUGUCUGUGGAAGACAUGAAAAGGAUUCAAGGGACUUCAGAUGUUUGUAAUGAGUGCAAGUUGACUGAUUUUCCAUCCAAAAAGAUCACUCUGGAGAAUGAUGUCUCCUGCAAUUGUAUUGAAGCAAGUGAUGCUGAUGAUUCAUCUUCAUUUGGUUAUGAAGUGAAACUUGGAGAGGGCGAUGCAUCAACAUUACUGAAAGAUGUCCCCUGCAUCAAACCAGAAGAGAGUGGAAUAGCUUAUUACUUUGACCUCCAUGGUCAUGCUUCUAAAAGAGGCUGCUUCAUAUAUGGAAAUUAUUUUCCUGAUAUUGACAAGAUGGUUGAUUGCAUGUUUUUACCAAAAUUAAUGUCUGUCAAUUGUCCCUAUUUUGACUUUUCUGCUUGCAAUUUUUCUGCUGAAAAUAUGUAUUCCGGUUCUAACUCAAAUAUCCAAAGCAAAGAGGGAAGUGGUCGUGUCUCUCUGUAUGUCCUUACUGGAAUAAUUCACAGCUACACACUUGAGUGUAAUUACAAUACCUGUCGGUUUAGUGCUAAUCAAAAGAGGCUUAAGGGAUCAACAUCUGAUGUGCCUUCUCAAGUAUUCUUUACUCCUGAAGUUUAUCAGCAGAUUGGAGAAUCACUUUUAGUUUCAAUCCUGGAUGCAGUUGGUCACAAUCCCAAGUCUCAAAUUAGUAGCUCUCAGUUUCUAUCCAUUCAGGGGGUGAAAGAAUGGUUGCGUCAGCAUGCUUUGUCUCUGAGAGGCAGAUGUGGUCCUAGUCACACAAGAAAGAGCCCUUCUGUUUCUGGAAUUAGGUCUCAAGAAAAAAUAUCUCCCAAAUCAAUAAGCAUUAAAAAAUCAUCUUUUUUUCCAUCAUCAAGUAAAGGGAUUCAUCGAGAAUCAUCAUCCAGCACUGCAAAUUUAUCAUCAAAUGCAUCUGAUUCUGACGGUAGACCUGUAAAUUUGAAAAGAGAUGUCCGUUCGAAAGUCAGGCAAGGGACAAUGUCUUUGCUGUCUUCUCCCGUUUCUUCAAGGCCGAUGAUUUUGCAGCGACGCCACACAUUUUCUCAGGAGAGCCCUCGCAAGCCUCUUAGGCGAACAAAGCUGCCAGUUAGUAAAACUACACCCCCUUGAAAGCUAUAUCAAAAUCAAAUAACAAGCACAUAGUUUUGUGCAAAAUAUUAUUUUAAAAAAAUUCUGUGCUUUUAGAUAUGUUAUUAAAGAAAUUUAUCGUAAACUGUGUAAAUUGUUAAUAUAAUUGUAUAUUUUUCUGUGUAAAGUUUAAAUUGUAAAAAAACCUGAACAGUUAAGCUGAAAAAGAGUUUUUCUUAAUAUUUUCUGUUUUUUAUUAGACGCCCCAUGCAUGUUGUUACAUUUAUUUUUUCUAACAACUAUUUAACCAUAACACAAAGUAUGUGAUUUAAAAUUAUCUGAUCUUAAUACUAUUAAGAAGAAUUUAAUUCCAACUUUAUUGGGUUUGACCAAUAAAUCGAAAAAAUAUUUGCUAUUUUUAAAAAUAUUUUCUUAAAACAGUUGCUGUUUAGGCUUUAAUAAUUAACUUUAACCAAUUUAUUUAUGAAUUAAUAAGAGCCUUUCUAUUUUAUGAUUCCUUUCAAGAAUUGCUUUUUUCUUACUUUUUUUUAAAAGUUAGUCAAUACAGUCUUUUGUUGUUCUAUUAAAUUUGAGAUUUGUAUAUUUUUAUUACACAAUUAAAGUUUUUUUUUAAUGAGUUUUAGCUCUUUUAAAACUUUUUUUCAUUUUAAUGUCUCAAAAUAAUUGCAUUACUAAUAUUUUUACAUUCAUACUAUUUUUAAAUAAUUAGAAGUUAAGCAUAUAAUAGAAGUAUAGUUUUGCAGUGCACAAUAUAAAAAAGAAAACACCUUAAUAUCUUUUGAUUGAAUGAUUGGAUUUUCACAUACUAGUACUUAACUUUUAUGGAUUGAAGGCUUAGCAUGAAAUAUGCUAGUUAAUUAGUACAGAAAAUCUUUUAACAUGCAGAAUCAAACACAAAAUAUAUUUUUUUAAAUUAGCUUACCUUUUUUCAUUGACAGAUUUGGGUUCUUGACUCUGAAAAUAGGAUUGGGGGGCAAAGUCUCAUUAUUCAGAUUUAAGAUAGGGAUUCAGAUUUAGUUUUAGAUAUUAUAAUUUUUGCUAUGAUUUUGUGAAAUGUCCUUUGCACCAAAUCAUAAGCUUCUCUGCGGUUAGAUCCUCAAAUCAUUAAAGUUGAGUCCUACUACAUGAAAAUCCUAUCAUUAGGAUCUUUUAUUUCAUUUGUGCUCUAUACUGUUAUUCACUAUCAUUAUAAAAAUUAGUUUGAAAGAAAUAGCAGUGGUAAAAUUAUUCCAGGGUUUAAAUAAUUGGGGGAUUCUUUUAAUUAUCUUGAAAAAAAAAUGAAAAAUUUGCUCUAGCUGAAAGUCUGAUUAUAUAGCAGUGAAGUGCAGAAUCUGGAUUUAUUAAAAAAAUAAAUAAAUCCAGGAAUGGAAUUUAACUAAUACAUUUUGGUUCAUGAAAUUAAAUUCUACAUAUGGAGUUUUAAAAUUUCUUAAGUUCUACGCACCGACUCUCAAAAUUUCUCUGAUUUUAAAGCAGUACCUAAAAACAAAAAUUUAUUUAGAAAAUCGAAAUUCCAACUAAUUCAUUAGAAAAUAUUUUAAAUUAAAAGUUGGUUUAAUUUAAAGAAGACGAAUUUAUGAUCAAUGUUUCAUAUAACAUUUUCUAUAAGCCUAUAUCUUGGUGUAUAAGUCGACUUUUUAAACCCCAAAGUUUUAAGAAAAUCAGGGGGUUGACUUAAACGCUACUAAUAAAGUCAAUUUUGAUCAUAAAAUAUUGCAUUCUAAACAAAGAGAUAGAUAUGAAUAACUCUAUCAAUUUAUCCCUUUCAAAAACUAUUAUUAAUAUGUUAUAUACAAUUAGUUUUGUAUUUUCUCUCAUCAUAUUUUCUUUACAUAUAAUGGGUUUUUAGAAGCAAUAUUUUAAAUUACGUCAGAAAAAAUUAGAAUAAGAUAUUUUAUUCAAGAGUAUUUCAAAAAUGUAACAUGAUGAAACCUUCAAAACAGUGUGGAAAUGUGAUGUGAAAUCUUUUUAAUCUGAGACUUAAUAUUUUUAUCUUUUUAAUUUUAUAUAUUAUUAUACUUGGUUUUCUUUCAACACACCCAGCAUGCUAGAAAUUUGCUUCCACGUAAACAAAAAUAAGUUUUUUUUGCUUUUGCGCAGGAUGUAAUGUAUUUAAAUCAUAAUUAAAUAAUCAUCUAUGAGCUGCUUGAUUUUGAGUUGUGUUCUAGUCUUUCAAAUAGAAAUAUUUAAUAAAUGCAUUGAAAAAAAUGCUAUCUCAAAUUUAAAUUUCAAAUUUACUUUUAAGGAAACCCUGAAAAUUUUCAAAGUAUUAAAGGAAUUAAAAGUUAUAAAUUUUUAAUUCCUGAAAUAGUAUUUUAUUUUCAUAUUAGUAAAAUAAGUUUUUAUUUUAACAAAUUGCUGAAAUUGUUUAAGCAUGCUGGUUUUUGAAUGAUUUAAACCUUAUUCUUGGAUAUAUUUGAAUGUAACAAAGACAAAAAAUAGUUAUUAAAUUUUAUUAUUUCAUUUCUUAAAAUUUAAAUAAAUGAAAAUGAAUGUGCAAUACAAAGCAAUAGUUAUGUGUAUUAAUGUGAAUUAAGUGUAUAUUAUAUGAUUAACUUUUAUUUUCAUUUUAAACUUACUUUGUAUAAGCAUGUUUUUUUUAUUGUGGGGUCUCAAUUUUAAUCGACUAAAAUUUAGUUUCUAAAGAACAUAUGCAUAGGACUUUUUUCUGUGGCUUUAAGUUUGUUAAACAUAGUCACAUUAGUCUCUUAUAAUUUGAUGUGACUAAUAAUUUACUUAAGCAGCAUUUUGCUUUAUAAAUUUUAAGGGAUAGAAUUCCAAACUUUUUAUUAUAAUAU